AUGGAUGGGGACGAGCUGAUCGCCUCGGUCUUCCGCAAGAUCGAGCGGGAGAAGGCCCUCAUCACCGCUGCCAGUAACAUGCGGCAGUCGACCGACAAUCCCCUCGUGCAACAGAGAGUCGAUGCCAACAUCCGCGAUGGCCGCAAGAAUAUCGCUUACCUGGAGGAGAAAAUGAGAGAAUUACAAAUCCGUCAGAUGAACCAGGAAGGUGGCUCACCCGACCACCCCGGAUACGCUGGCGAGCAAGGUGAUGGUCACUAUCCCCAGGGUGGCGCCGGCUCCAUGCCUUCCGGUGCCCCAUUCGCCGACCCCCGACCUUAUGCUCCGAUCCCGAAGGCAAGGCCCAAUUACACGAAGCUUGAUCUGAUCAAGUAUGACACUCCGUACCUCGGGCCGAAGAUCCAACUUAUGCUGUCUCAAUUGGAGUUCAAGCUGAGUGUGGAAAUGCAAUAUAAAGCCGGCAUCGAAAAGAUGGUCCGCUUGUACCAGGACGAGGGCGACCGGAAGAGCCGAGCUGACGCUGAGGGUCGUCGCAUUGAGAGUAACCAAAAGAUUCAGCUUCUAAAGCAGGCGCUGAAGCGAUACGAGGAUCUUCAUGUUGAUAUUGAAUCCGCCGAUGCACCAGACGAUGAAAGUCUUAGUGCUCCGAACAUGCGCAAGCCGCUGACGGGUCUGCUGACAAUGCGCAUCCAUGCGGUUAAGGACGUGGACCAUGCGGCUAGUUCACGAUUCUCUCGAGGACCAGAGACAUACAUUGUCGUCAAGGUCGAAGACACCAUCAAAGCGAGAACCAAGGCCACCCGAAACGAUAAAUGGCUAGAUGAAAGCUUUUCCAUGGAUAUCGAUAAGGCAAACGAGAUCGAAUUGACGGUGUAUGACAAGUCGGGAGAUCGCCCAGUGCCAAUCGGUAUGCUUUGGGUGCGCAUUUCUGAUAUAGCAGAGGAAAUGCGUCGCAAGAAGAUCGAGACGGAGCUCAACGCAUCUGGCUGGGUAUCCGCAGAUAAGAUGGGCGAUGGUGGAUCCCCUCGACAUGACCAAGCCGGUUCUCCUAUGGGCUCUUCACAUGGCCCUAGCUCCGGAGGACGCCCGGGCACCUCGGGACAUGGCGCACAUGGACACCACGAACCGGUUGGCCGAGUUCAGCUUCAAAUGAGCUUCGCCAAACAAUUGAAGGACCGCCGUCCCUUUGACAUUGGUCUUAACCGUCAAGGUGCCGUUCGUCAAAAGAAGGAGGAGGUUCACGAGAAGCAGGGCCACAAGUUCGUCACCCAGCAGUUUUACAACAUCAUGCGCUGUGCACUGUGUGGAGAAUUCCUCAAGUAUGCUGCUGGCAUGCAAUGUGCGGAUUGCAAAUACACCUGCCACCGCAAGUGUUACCCCAAGGUUGUCACCAAGUGUAUCAGCAAAGCGAACUACGAGACCGAUCCGGACGAGGAGAAAAUCAACCACCGCAUUCCUCACCGAUUCGAAGGCUUUUCCAACAUCUCCGCGAACUGGUGCUGCCACUGCGGUUAUCUGCUUCCGUUCGGACGCAAAAAUGCCAAACGCUGCUCUGAAUGUAGUCUUACGUGUCACGCUCAAUGCACUCACCUUGUGCCCGAUUUCUGUGGAAUGACGAUGGAAGCCGCCAACCAAAUUCUAGAGACGUUGAUUCGCACCAAGCAUCACAACAAGUCUGCCUCUGUUAGUUCUGGCCUCAGCAACCGUACCCUUCGAGCAGGCGGUCCGCCCCAGCCCGCUCAAGACAACGCUGCCCUCUCCUACCCCCAGAAGCCGAUGGAAGGACCCUACGGGGUUAUUCCUAGACAACCCUCCGCAGAAGCGUCACCAACUGCUGUUGCACAGGCUGCGCAGCGCCAACAUGUGCCACCGAAAUCGCCCACAGGGCCUUCCGCCGCCGCUGCCGCCGCCGCUGCCGCCGCCGGGCUACGUGGCCCCCAGCAACCCCCAACCGAAAUGGGCCGUCCCAUGCCGCCACCCCAGGCACCUCCGCAGCCUCAACACGCCCAUUAUGACCCAUCCGCUUAUGCCAAUUUCCCGCAGCAGCCUCCACCCCAAGCUAUGCAAAAGGUGCAGCCUGCGGCUUAUCCAAUGGCGCCACCUCCGCAGCCCAUCCAGCAACAGAUUCCCCAACAACAGCAGGUUUCAUCCCCUAUCAAGGAGGACCCUGCAGCGCAGGCAAAGGCUCGCAUUGGAUUGGAUCAUUUCAAUUUCCUUGCUGUUCUUGGAAAAGGUAAUUUCGGAAAGGUCAUGUUGGCUGAAACAAAGAGCUCCCGCAAGUUGUACGCCAUCAAGGUGUUGAAGAAGGAAUUCAUUAUCGAGAACGAUGAAGUGGAGAGCACCAAGUCCGAGAAGCGAGUUUUCCUGAUCGCGAACAAGGAACGUCACCCAUUCCUUCUCAACUUGCACGCUUGUUUCCAAACCGAAACUCGUGUCUAUUUCGUCAUGGAGUAUAUUAGUGGUGGUGAUCUCAUGUUGCACAUUCAGCGUGGCCAAUUCGGCCUCAAGAGGGCACAAUUCUAUGCCGCCGAGGUCUGCUUGGCACUCAAGUACUUCCACGAGAACGGUGUCAUCUACCGUGAUUUGAAGCUCGAUAACAUUUUGCUGACCAUGGAUGGUCACAUCAAAAUUGCUGAUUAUGGUCUUUGCAAGGAGAACAUGUGGUAUGGUGGUACAACAAGCACGUUCUGUGGUACCCCUGAAUUCAUGGGUCCAGAAAUUUUGUUAGACAAGAAGUAUGGACGGGCCGUGGACUGGUGGGCAUUCGGUGUUCUCAUCUACCAGAUGCUUCUGCAACAGUCUCCGUUCCGUGGUGAAGAUGAGGAUGAAAUCUACGAUGCCAUUCUUGCCGACGAGCCUCUCUACCCCAUUCACAUGCCUCGCGACUCCGUGUCGAUUCUCCAGAAGCUGUUGACUCGUGAGCCCGAGUUGCGUCUGGGCUCCGGUCCCACCGAUGCCCAAGAAGUGAUGUCUCAUGCCUUCUUCCGCAACAUCAACUGGGAUGACAUCUACCACAAGCGGGAGUUCACCAGUGUGACUCCAGUCCUGACGCCUGUGCAAUCUGUGCUCUCGCAAGCCAUGCAGGAAGAAUUCCGUGGAUUCUCCUACACUGCUGACUUUGCUUGAUUCCACCGAUGUGUGAUCGGGAUAAUUAUCGCUUGCUUGGACACCUGUCACGAGUUGUUGACGAGGGUGUCAAUUCGGUUCAUAGGGAGUUUAAUGCCGACACGUCUGGUUUCUUCAGGGCGCCGCGGGUCUCUCGCCCUUUCCAGCACUUCUUGCCAUUCAAAUUGCUUCAACAUACCCAAGCGCAGUUUCAUUUUAAGUGCCGGUGUGGACCGGACCUCACUGACAUGCUUCGACCGCCGGAUACCCUGGUUAAUGAAACCUCCAGGUUGCUUUUGCUUUCUCGAUUCCUUUGUGUGCUUAUCUAAAUUGCUUGUUCUUUCCCCCCACCCUUU